AUGACUGGACUCGCGUCGUUGUUCAUCGUUAUCGUCGUUGUUCCCUGGGGUUUUACAUCGGCUGGAGGGUCCCUACACGCUAGUCCUAAUCGGGUUAUGCACCACGCCGCCUUGGAGAACCAUGUGCGUUAUGCGAUGUCAUCGUCCCUUACAAAUUCACUGCGUGGCGGCAAAGGCGGCAAGGGUCUCGGAAAGGGUGGCGCAAAGCGCCACCGCAAGAUCCUUCGCGAUAACAUCCAGGGCAUCACCAAGCCUGCCAUCCGUCGUCUGGCCCGUCGUGGCGGUGUCAAGCGUAUCUCUGCCAUGAUCUAUGAAGAAACCCGCGGCGUCUUGAAAUCCUUCCUCGAAUCCGUCAUUCGCGACGCAGUCACGUACACUGAGCACGCGAAGCGGAAGACUGUCACGUCUCUCGAUGUCGUCUAUGCGCUGAAGAGACAGGGUCGUACCCUGUACGGAUUUGGUGGAUAG